ACUUUUGUGAAAAGGUGUAUGCAGAGGCCACACUUUUAAGUUUACUACCGUCAGUGCGCCUAGAUUUCUCUUCUCUACUUCUUCGUUGUCUUCUUCUACUUCUUGUUCGUCGUCAUCGUCUUCGACGUUGUUUCAGUUGUAUAUAAUACACUUAAUAUAUAAAACACAUCAUUACUCGUCUGGAUGGGAGCCAUAAAUUCGCGUAGUAUGGAUUUCGAACAGGAUCCAGGACUCACCGCUAUCUUGCAAUACUUGAUCAGAAGUGGGCAGGUACAUAUCAUAUCUUCGGAUCAGGAUGACUCCGACGAAGAGUACGGCAGUUCGCAACCGCCCAGAGUAACAACAAGACCUAACACAUCGAUUCUCGACAAAAGUGAAAUAAGCCUGGCAACCAAACAGGCCUGCGGACUUGGCGAAGCUGGCAGCAAACCAGCAACGUCGAUUACUUCUAUGAUACAAAGAAGAGCCGUAGGGCCAGGAUUUAGUGCAGGACAAAAAUGUAGAAUAGCCAGCAGUUUUCUACCAAACAAAAUGCGCCAAGUAGCCAAAUACAGCAGCAAGGCUUUUUGUGGAUCGCAUUCCAAAGAUGGAAGAUUCUUCCUUACCGCCAGUCAAGAUCGAUUUUUACGUCUUUACCACACACAGGAUGGAGAAUUUUUAGAAUUCAAAAAAAUUCCGGCACGUGACGUUGGAUGGAGUAUUCUAGACACAGCCUUCAGUCCCGAUGGCAAUUACAUUGUAUAUUCUAGUUGGUCUGAAUGCUUAUACUUGUGCCCCGUUUACGGUGAUUCUCGGAAUCAAGAAUCCCUCUCGCUGUGUCCAGAAGACCGGCGAUUUUGUAUAUUUUCUCUAGUAUUCUCUAGCGAUGGCAGGGAAAUACUUGGUGGUGCUAAUGACGGAUAUCUAUACGUAUACGACAGAGAAUGUCAUCAACGUGCUCUUAGGAUCGCAGGUCAUGGUGACGAUGUAAACACAGUUGCCUUUGCAGACAACACGUCACAAAUUUUAUACAGCGCAGGAGACGACGGUCUUUGCAAGGUUUGGGACAGAAGAACAUUGAGCGAAACCGAUCCUCAUCCUGUAGGCAUUCUCGCCGGGCAUAUGGACGGAAUAACUUAUAUUGACCCACGAGGAGAUGGUAGAUAUUUGGUAACGAACAGUAAAGAUCAAACAAUCAAGUUAUGGGAUGUCAGAGCGUUCUCUGACGAGAAUGCCGAGCAAAACACACGCAAAGCCGUUGCUACGCAAAAUUGGGAUUACAGGUGGCAGCGAGUACCAAAAAGUUUGUAUAAAGUAAAGAAUAUGCUCGAAGGAGACACAAGUGUGAUGACGUAUCGAGGGCACUCCGUGUUGCAGACUUUGAUACGUUGUCAUUUUUCACCAGCCGCGACAACGGGUCAGAGAUAUAUAUACACAGGUUGUGCGACGGGAAAAAUAAUAAUAUAUGAUGUAUUGACUGGUGUAAUAGUCAGCGCUCUCAAUGGACACAACGGCUGCGUCAGAGAUGUUAGUUGGCAUCCGUUUCAUCAAGAAAUAGUAUCGACUUCUUGGGACGGAACAAUAGGUAGUUGGCGGUACGCAGGUGGAACUUCGCUCGACAGUUCAGACUCUGAUGACGACAACGAUACCUUAUUGCAGCCGCGUACGUUAAGACGUAGCCAAAGAAUAGCUGCCCAGCGUGCGAAACACACAGUGGCCUGUUAAGUAGGUAAACGAAAUUGCUACGUGGCCAGGUAAUGCAUACGUUUGGGAUGGGCUGGUUCUAUUCC